CGGUGAGGUUCAGACUCGUUAUGGCGUCGCAAAGAACCAGAAUGUUUUUUCUUCAGCUGCCGCAUGUAUUGGAAUUUGCCAGUCGUGAACCAUGACGUUCUUUCAUUUUCUGUAGUUAGAUACACACAUGCAAAUGAAGGAAGGAAAUCAUACAGCGACCACGGCCAAUGGCACGGAUAUGGACCGAGAAAAAGGUGGUAGUGUCGAAGAUAACGGGGCUUGUACGGACACGCUGCCAGACACGGUGGUCCACGAAGCAGAAUCUAAUCAAGCUGCAGGUCGUGGCGACCGCAAUGGUCCUGGAAACCGUGUCGGAACGGGGAUACGCGUUCUAAAGAGGAACAUGAAGAAUGGGAACCGAGGCUGUGUCACAAGGAAGACCCGCUUUGGAUCGCGGGAGCGGGAUUGGCUUAAGGGUGAUACCCAGCGAGGCUGUGUUUGUCUGUAUGGGGGAUCCGUAGACCCCCAGCCCCCUGCCUCGGGCCCUCAGGGGUCCUCCACCCCACAGGCAGAUCUGCGGCUAGUGCUUUGCUCCACCACUACCACUGUGGAAGAGCUGUGUGCCCAGAGGGAAGUAGAGGGACUGUACCUGCAGCUCCAUGGAGACCUGCUCAGGAGGCUGGACUCUUCUGAGCGUCCUCUCCAAAUGGUAUAUGAUUACCUGGCUGCUUUAGGCUAUCAGGACCCUCUGCGGGUGCAGAGAGAGGCUGCCAACUCGGACCUCAGCUGCAUGAUCCGCUUCUACAGUGAGCGCCCGGUAAAUGCAGACCAGCAGGAGCGGACCCUGCUGAAGGGCGUGUUCAGUGUCAGAAAGGGCAAGACCCAGUUGCACAAAUGGGCAGAGCGCCAGGUCAUCCUGUGUGGCACCUGUCUGAUCGUGGCCUCCGUCAAAGACUGCCUGACCGGGAAGAUGCACAUCCUGCCCCUGGUGGGGGGAAAGGUGGAGGAGGUGAAGAGAAGACAGCACUGCCUGAUGUUCAGCUCACCUGGACCUCAGGCCCAGACCUACUUUGUUAACUUUGACACCCUGGCCGACUAUCAGAGGUGGCAUCGGCAGGCUACAAAAGUGGUGUCUCAGACCAUCAGCAUGGUGGAUCUGUCAUGCUACAGUCUGGAGGAGGUGCCAGAGUACCUGUUCUAUAGCCAGGACAUCACCCACCUCAACCUUCGACACAACUUCAUGUCCCUGAAGGGGCCUGGAGGCCUGCUCAACCUCCCUAGGUUUUCCCAGCUGAAGAGCCUUAACCUUUCACACAACCGCCUGGGUGUGUUUCCAGAGUCUGUCUGUGAGAUCCUUACCCUAACGGAGCUCAACCUAUCAUGUAAUGGGCUGAAAGCCGUUCCAACACAGAUAGGCAACCUCCAGAGUCUGCAGACCCUGUCUCUGGAUGGGAACUACUUGAGCUCCCUGCCUGAAGAGCUGGGCAGCCUAGCGCAGCUCAACAGCCUGGGGCUAUCUUUCAACAACUUCCCCCACAUCCCCGGUGUGUUGGACAGGCUGAACGGCGUGGACAGGCUGGCCAUGGCUGGAAACCGUGUGGAGACCCUGGAGCUCAGCACCCUGGCCCGGAUGAGCCACCUGAAGAACAUUGACCUGCGGCUGAACGGCCUGCGCUCCGUUAGGGCUGAGGCCUUGGAGGCGUUGAAGCAGGUGAUCCAACUGGACCUGAGGGACAACCUCCUGACCUCAUUGGACCUCAGCUCCGCCUGCAGCCUGGAGACCCUGUACUGCCAGCGCAACCAGCUGGGGGCGCUAACGCUGAGUGGAUUCACCCUGCGCACUCUCCACGCCAGCAGCAACCGUCUGACCACGGUUAACAUCUACCCGGUACCCAACCAGCUGACGCAGAUGGACCUAUCACGGAACUUGCUGGACUACCUGCCAGACUGGGUGUGUGACAGCAGGAAGAUCGAGGUGUUAGACGUCACACACAACGUCUUGUCUGAACUGCCAGCCAGAUUGCUCAGCAGCCUGAGUCUAAGGAAGCUGCUUGCUGGGAACAAUGGACUGCAGAGGCUGCCUGACCUACUUGACCACGUCCCCUUGGAAGCACUCGACCUCCAGCACAACAAACUAGGCGAGCUCCCAGAGAGCCUCUUCUACAAGGCCUUAAACUUAAAGUACCUAAAUGUGUCAGCCAAUGCCCUGGAGACUAUUCCCCCCAGCAGCCAGUCAGAAGAGAGCCUCAGCACCCUCCAGGAACUGUACCUGACUGGGAACAACCUGAAUGAGAACUGCGCCGCCCUGCUGGUGGGACACCAGAACCUCAGAGUCCUCCACAUGGCCUACAACCAGCUGCUCUCCUUCCCUGCCAGUAAACUCAGUAAAUUGGAGCUGCUCGAAGAGCUAAAUCUCAGCGGCAACAAGCUGAAGACCAUCCCAUCUACUGUGUCCAGCUGUAAGAGAUUACACACCCUCACAGCACAUUCCAACCACAUCAGUGUGUUCCCAGAGAUUCUCAACCUGCCAGAGAUCAAGCUAGUAGACCUGAGCUGUAACGAGCUGACUGAGAUCCUGCUGCCAGAUUCUCUACCGGCCACCCUCCACGAACUGGACCUGACAGGCAACAGUAGUCUUAUGCUGGAGCAUAAAACCCUCAACAUGUUCAGUCACAUCACCACUCUGAAGCUGGACCAGAAGCCAGCCAUGACCACCGGGGACUCCCUGGGCAGCUCGUGUCUGUGGAACCAUGGCUACUCUGAGAUGAGCGGACAGAGGAACAAGUUGUGCGUGUCUGUAAUGGCAGUGGACCGCUUUGGGGACAGCGCGGAGGCGGCCUAUGGCAUCUUUGAUGGGGACCGUAAUGAGGAAGUACCUCGUCUGCUGCAGUGCACCAUGGGGGAUGUGCUGUCAGAGGAGCUACUGCAUUCCAAUAUUGAUAGUGUGUACAUGAGCAACACUUUCCUAACUUCACACAGGAAGCUGGGUAUGGCUGGUCAGAAGCUGGGCGCGUCUGCCCUGCUGUGCUACAUCCACCAUGAGCCGUCGGAGCCGGGGGGCUACUUCAGCGUGACGGUGGCCAAUGUAGGCAGCUGCCAAGCGGUGCUCUGUCGAGACGGCCAGCCCCUUCCCCUCUCCAAGGUCUUCAGUCUGGAGCAGAGCGCUGAGGAGAUGGAGAGGGUGAAACUCAGCAAGGCUAUCAUCACCGAGGACAACAAGGUGAGUGGAGUGACAUGCUGCUCUCGCCUGCUAGGCUGCUCUUACUUGUCUCCCUGGGUGCUCCCCAAGCCCUGGGUGCGCACCGAGCCCCUGUGUUCCCAGGACGACUUCCUGAUCCUGGGGAACCGGGCGUUGUUUGAGAGGGUGUCCUACCAGGAGGCUGUGUGCACAGUGCAAGCUGUAAGGGAGCCCCGGGCUGCAGCCAAGAAGCUCUGCACGCUGGCCCAGAGCUACGGCUGCCGGGACAACGUUGGGGUGGCAGUGGUGUCCCUGAACAUCGGGGAGGACAGCUGUACAUGUGAUCAGCCCAUGGCCAAUAACGUUACUGACCCCCGGGUACCCCCUCCGACCCCACUCCCCAUCUCCGCCCCCCCGGGGGACCCGGCCACGCCCUCCUCCAGCAGCGGCAUCGCCUCAGAGUUCAACAGCGAGACGUCGGCCUCGGAGGUGGGGAGCGAGGCGGGAUCCACUGCCUCCGACGAGCACCCUUCCUCUGGCAGCGCAGCGCGACCUGAGAGGCACUGCAGCCUUCACCCGGCAGCUAUACUUUGUGGCCCCACUGGGCACGGCUCGGCCGGGGGGCCACACCCAGUCCUGUUCCAGCGGCAGCCCUCCUGCGCCACCUUCUCCAGUAACCAGUCCGACAACGGACUGGACAGUGAUGACGAGGCUCCGCUGGAGGGGGUCAUUUCAAACGGCAGCAAGCUGGAGGUGGAGGUGGACAUCCACUGCUGUGCUUUCCAGAUCCGCUCCGGGGCCCCAGAGAGCCCCAAGGACAAUGACCUGGACAAGACGCGCUCCGACUACCCCAAUGGAAAGAUGCGUCGUCAGAACAGCGUGGUGGUGUCAUCCACUAACGGCUGCCUGCUGGCUGUUUGUGCCAGGGAGAUAUCUGACCUAAAGAAGUCUCCCUCCACCUCCAGCCUGUUUGGGAAGAAGCUCUCCAAUGGCUCUGUGGUCGCCCCAGAAGACAGCCACAACCUCAUCGAGGUGGCCCUGGAGGCCCCCAAGAAGAAAUCGGGCUACUUCACUGCCCCGGCCCAGCAGGACCCAGAGGACCAGCUGGUAGUCCCCCCCAGUCUGGAGCACGAUGUCAGGGAACAGCUCCGGGGUCAGAGCCCUGUGGUCCCAGGGCCCCCAGCGCCAUCAACACCCCCCUCCACCAGAGACCCUGUGUGGGACUACCCCCACCCCCCUGCAACUGUGCUGUCUCAGAGGGACCUGGUACCUUCCCCAAUACCCACCCCUAUCCCUGCCCUACAGCAGGAGGUUUAUGACACUGCCCUGUAGUGGGGGCCUGAGCACAGUGCCUCCCUGUGGCAGUCCUGUCACAGUGCCAUACCGGGA